CAACUUUGCUCAACGCCCAUCUUGACAUCUCCUCCCGCCUCGAAAAAUCAUCGGAUUCGGAAUUUGGAAACGAUGGAAGUGAUUGAUGGUAAGAUGCUCUCUGAGGCACUGGCCACUGUAAAGAUUCAAUUAGUUCAAAUGAAACGAUCGCUCGAUGCCGAUCAGUUGAUGGAUGCCUUGAAGAGCGCGAGCACCAUGUUGGCUGAGCUAAGGACGAGUAGCUUGAGUCCCAAACAAUACUACGAACUUUAUAUGGCUGUAUUUGACGCUUUGCGUCACCUUUCGGCCUAUCUGUACGAAGCGCACGUCUCAGGUAAACAUCAUCUAGCUGAUCUAUACGAGCUUGUACAGUAUGCCGGGAAUAUCGUGCCACGAUUGUAUCUCAUGAUCACCGUUGGUACUGUGUAUAUGUCUAUUCCCGAUGCGCCUGUCAAGGAAAUCAUGAAAGACAUGAUGGAAAUGACCCGUGGAGUUCAGCAUCCUACUCGUGGACUGUUUUUGCGACACUAUCUAAGUGGAAUGACUAGAGACCAUCUUCCUGUGGGCUCGGAUCCAGGGCCUUCAGGAAAUUUGCACGAUUCACUCGGGUUUGUCUUGACAAAUUUCAUCGAGAUGAAUAAGCUGUGGGUUCGAUUACAACAUCAGGGACUUAGUCGGGAUCGCGAGAAGCGAGAAAUGGAACGCAAAGAACUCAGGAUCUUGGUUGGGACCAAUCUUGUACGGUUGAGUCAGCUAGAGGGGGUGGAUCUUGAGAUGUAUCAGCGAAUGAUAUUACCAGCUGUCUUGGAGCAAGUUGUGAAUUGCAAAGACACGAUUGCCCAAGAGUACUUGAUGGAAGUUGUGAUCCAGGUAUUUACAGACGACUUUCAUCUGCGCACUCUCGGCCCCUUUCUCUCUGCUACCGCACAACUACAUCCGAAGGUCAACAUCAAGCAGAUCGUGACGGCUUUGAUCGAUCGCCUCGCGGCCUACGCAGCUCGGGAGGCGGAAAAUGAGUCACCUGACGAGACAAGGCGUCAAGAGGAAGAAGCUGCACGUCGUUUGGCAGCCAAAAUCAAAACCCAAAAAGAGAAGCGAUGGCAGACGAUGCAGCAAGAGGAAGCAAGGGCCAAAGCUCAAACGGCAAUGAACUCAUCACCUUCUGGAACGGAGGCUGUGAGCACCUCUGAAACAAACGGUACCUCUCAGCCUGCUCCUCAGAUUGCUCCGGAGGCAGGCCCUAGUACGCCUCAAAAGCCUGUACGAAAAUUUCGCGGGAUUCCUGAAAACGUUCCCCUUUUCGAAGUCUUCUGGCAUCAGGUGGUGGAGUUGAUCCGAGCGCGUCCUGACUUAUCCAUUCAGGAUGUCACCGCCUUACUAGUGUCGCUUACCAAUCUUGCUCUCAGUUGUUAUCCUGAUCGACUUGAGUAUGUGGAUCAAGUGCUCGGAUUUGCGAAAGCGAAGGUUCAAGAGCACGCCGACAGUCCUGACCUACACCAUCCUGCUUCUAUCCAAAACCUACUAGCUCUGCUUCUCGCACCCAUCAAUUCUUACCUCACUGUACUUACGCUGCUGGCGCUUCCCAACUUUCAAGAGUUAUUACUUGUACAACCCUUUUUAUCACGUCGAGCAAUCGGCCAUUCGGUGGUAGCUUCUAUCCUGAAGAAUGAGACAUGUAUCGCCGAUCCGGUAGACUGCAAAGGAGUUCUUGAUAUGUGCCAUGUUCUGGUACGCGACCAGCGUGAUGCAGGUAUUGGAAUGCCUACUCAAAUUGGACAGCGACAGAUCAUGGGCCAUCGAGGACAUCAAGCCUAUGAUCCUGAAGAGAUGGCUGAAGAACAAGGGUGGUUAGCGCGGAUAGUCCAUCUUUUGAGAAACAAUGAUUUGGACCUGCAAACCAAACUUCUCCAAGAAGCCCGAAAAGCGUUCAGCGAAGGUGGCGAUCGGAUCCGAUGGACUUAUCCUCCGCUCGUGAUAUGUGCGCUCAAAUUAGCUCAUCGGUAUACCUUUCGCCAGCAUUUUAUCCCCGAUUGGGAGGCCAAGAUCUCGGCACUAUUCAAGUGGAUCCAUCAAGUUCUGUCUAUUCUAUACAACAAGGUUGAAUCAUCCGAAAUUUGCCUUCGGCUAUAUCUACAGGCGUUACUAUCGGCCGAUAUGGCAGGCCUUGAAGAAUUGGCGUAUGAGUUUGCGGUGCAAGCAUUCACAAUCUACGAGGAAUCGAUUUCUGAAAGCCGAGCCCAGCUUCAAGCCAUCGUCCUAAUAAUUGGCGCAUUGCAAACAUCUAGAGUCUUUGGAGUUGACAACUACGACACCCUGAUCACCAAAGCAGCGUUACACGGCGCCAAACUUUUGAAAAAGAGUCACCAAGCGACUGCUGUGGCAUUAGCCAGUCAUUUGUGGUGGCAGACAGAGAAGAUAGCCACCGAGCUGGACGAUCCUUCAAAGGACUUGCUCAGGGAUGGUAAACGGGUGUUAGAGUGUCUACAGAAAUCCCUGAGGAUUGCCACUAGUAGCAUCGACGAGCUAACAAGCGUUCAACUUUACUGCGAUGCGUUAGAUCAGUACAUCUAUUACUUUGAGCGCCAGAAUGAAGCGGUUUCGACAAAACACCUGAACUCCUUGGUCGAAUUGAUCACGUCUAACUUGGACUCAGUUCAGGGUGCAGAUGGAGUCCUGGUGUUGAAUCCGUCCGCAACAAAUUCGGGCUUGUUUGAGGGGGUUCACACACCUGAUGCCGUCUUGAACCACUUCCGGAAUCAGCUCAAGUAUAUACAAGCUCGAAAGGAGAUCAUCCUCAAUGGCGAAGGCGCAGGUUUAGCCAAGUUUGAGGAAAUUGAUAUCUCCGGAGCCAUGUUGAAAGUUGGGUUGCAGCUUUGACAUGUGAUGGUUCGUUGUUUUUGAAGAGUCCGGUUUCGAAACUCGCCCUUUAGCAUCUAUCAAUCAUCUUGCCUCUGAAUACGAAGGCAGUCGUGGUCACCGUCCUGCUGGCUGUACCAUGAAGGCUGGCUUCCUGAUCAAAUACCACUGUUGUAACCAGUCUCCUACAGACUGAACUAGAGACAUGCCAGAAUUUGGCCGGUAAUUGGAUUUAAAUUAUUAUUUCUGCUCUCUUCAUCUUUGAUGAUUCCUUCAUGUAUAAAAUUGUGACCAAUCUGGCAUCAUUUUACAGCCUAGACACAAU